GCAUGACAGACGAGAUCAUUCAGGAGUAUGCUUUGAAAGGAAGGGCGCCAUCGGCCUUCAUUCUAUUUAACAAUGAAACCAUAGCCAAUCUAAAAGAUGCCGAUACCUUAAUAACAAAUCAGACGAAGAGGGACAUUGGUGAGCAAUGGAAAAACCUGUCGAACAACCACAGGCUAAAGUACAAAGAUUUGGCUGAGUUGGCCAAAGAAGAACUCGCCAAGCAUAAAGCUGUACUUCCACCAAAACCGAGAAAAAAAAAGAUACAGAACCGUAUUUCCUUAAAGUCCAUCGUUCGAAUAGUACAAAAGUUAAGCCCAGAUCAACGCCAUGCUGUUCAGCUUAUUGGGUUGGGUGGAAUAUUAGAAUUGAGGCGUACGGCUCUUAACCAUCCGCUAUGUAAUUGGUUGGUGCAGAAAUUUGAUCCUGUUUCUCGCUCACUUACUGUUCAUGGGCGGACAUUCCUUCUCACUGAUUCCCAUGUUCAUGAGUGCUUGGGCAUUAAUGCACAAGGCAACCUUAUUGAGUUGGAGGGAAAUACGUCGGUAGAAUUUUCAGAAGUUUACAAAAACCUUGGAAUAACGAAUGGGGUAGUCCAAGUGAAAGAGUUGAGAGAGUACUUGGAGAAAACGGAGGAUACAUUUUGACAAACAACUUAUAUGCAAACACCUUAACCGACAACAUAUAAGGGCAUUUGUGUGAUCAAAUAGUGUAACAAACAAAGAAAAAUACUCUUCUCCCACUUCCUCACCGCCAACCAUAUGACUUUUGUGGAAACACAAUACACCAUAUUGUUUAUGCUGUCUUUCUUUACAGUCCAAAGAAACUGGACUGUUAUUUAUGGCAAAGUCUAGAGUGAACCAACAUUCAACUAAACCAUCAUCUUAAAUAUAAUGUAUGGUAAAACAGGUUUACCACAUCGGUAUCUAUUGGUCUUGUGUACGCUGGUUGCACCCCCCUUGGUGUUUUUUUCACACAUUGUUUCUUAACAGAUAAAACAAGAACAAAAUGUAAGCGCACUAUGUUGUUCAAUACGCAAGUACAAAUGUAGGUGUCUACGUGACCUACUCGUAAAAGUUUCUAAGCACUAACUCACUAGACAUGACUUCCAAAAAAAAGUCAAUGACAAACAGGGGCGGCAAUGUAUACGAAUUAAGAGUUUGCUCUUCUUGGGUCUCAAGUUCGAAAUCUCUUAGAUAACAUCUUAUUUUUGUAAGGCAAGUUCGUAUAGGACUUUAACCGUCGUUUCUAUUAAUCACCUCUGUUA